CCGUCACCAUUGUCAUGGACCAACCAUAUGCCUAUUAUUACCUAGCAAUUCCACGAUAAUAUAAACCACCUAGGCUGCUAUGCCCAUGUCUGGACUGCUUCUUUCGCAGAUCCAUGUCCUAAAACUCGAUAUCAUCUUCACAGCACCGCAUUCGCCAUGGCUACAUUCGUAGCUGGAGGGCUCGAAAGAGCCCAAGAGGCCGUCAAAGGCGCCUCCUCCAAGAACAAAAAGGCCGUCGACCUGGAGCGAGACACAGUCGAUGUCACCCCGGAGCAGCGCCUUACCACCGAUCACGGCGUGUCCAUCAGCAACACCGACCAAUGGUUGCGACCGACCGACGGCAAACACAUCGGGCCAUCCUUGCUGGAGGAUCAAAUUGGCCGAGAAAAGAUCCACCGAUUCGACCACGAGCGGAUCCCUGAGCGCGUCGUCCAUGCGCGCGGAACAGGAGCGUUUGGGAACUUCAAGUUGCUCGAGACCUGCGAAGAUGUCAGCCAUGCUGGCAUCUUGAAUGAUACCUCGAGGAACACCCCCGUCUUUGUCCGCUUUUCUACUGUGCAGGGCAGCAAGGGGAGCGCUGAUACUGUGCGCGAUGUCCGUGGAUUCGCAAUCAAGUUUUAUACAGACGAGGGAAAUUGGGAUCUUGUGGGAAAUAAUAUUCCGGUUUUCUUUAUUCAGGAUGCGGUCAAGUUUCCGGAUUUUGUCCACGCGGUAAAGCCUGAACCGCACAAUGAGGUGCCCCAGGGCCAGACGGCACACAACAACUUCUGGGACUUCACCUACCUGCACCCAGAAGCCACUCACAUGUACAUGUGGGCCAUGUCAGACCGUGCCAUCCCUCGGUCCUACCGUAUGAUGCAAGGCUUUGGCGUAAAUACCUUCUCAUUGAUCAACAAGGACGGGAAGCGCCACUUCGUCAAGUUCAUCCUUACGCCCCAUCUCGGCGUGCACUCCUUCGUAUGGGACGAAGCCCUCAAGCUAGCGGGCCAGGAUCCCGACUUCCACCGCAAGGAUCUGAUGGAGGCCAUCGACAACGGCGCGUUCCCCAAGUGGGACUUCUCCAUCCAAACCAUCCCCGAAGACAAGCAGGACGACUUCGAGUUCGACGUUCUCGAUGCCACCAAGAUCUGGCCCGAGGACCUUGUCCCACCGCGCACCAUCGGUGUGCUCGAACUCAACCGCAACGUCGACGAGUUCUUCCCCCAGACGGAACAAGUCGCCUUCUGCACCUCGCACAUCGUCCCCGGCAUCGACUUCUCUGACGACCCCCUCCUCCAAGGCCGCAACUUCUCCUACUUCGACACCCAGAUCAGCCGUCUCGGCAUCAACUGGGAAGAACUCCCCAUCAAUCGCCCCGUCUGCCCAUUCCUCAACCACAACCGCGACGGGGCCAUGCGCCACCGCAUCACCAAAGGCACAGUCAACUACUGGCCCAACCGCUUCGAAGCCGGCAAGCCCGCCGACCCCGCCCCCUCCGGCCCGGGCCUCUCGUCCUAUCCCGCCCCGGUCAGCGGCACCAAACAACGGGCCCUAGCGCCCAAAUUCGCGGAGCACCUCUCGCAAGCCCAACUCUUCUACAAUUCCAUGUCCGCCCACGAAAAGCUACACAUGACCAAAGCCUUCAGCUUCGAGCUCGACCACUGCGACGACCCCGUCGUCUACCACCGGCUCGCGGGCAAACGCCUCGCCGAAAUCGACCUGCCGCUCGCCCAGAGGGUCGCGGAAGCCGUCGGAGCCCCCAUCCCCUCCAAAGCCCUGAAGCCCAACCACGGCCAUCGGGCCAUUCACCUCUCGCAGACCGAGUUCCCCGCCAAAUCCCCCACCAUCGCCUCGCGCCGCAUCGCCAUCCUCAUCGCCGACGGCUACGACCCCGUCGCCUUCACGGCCCUCCAAACGGCCAUCAAAUCCGCUGGCGCCCUCCCCUUCGUCAUCGCCCCCAAACGCUCCCCAGUCUACGCCGACGGCGAAUCCAACCAAUCCUCCGACGGCGUCACCCCAGACCACCAGUACGACGGCCAGCGCUCGACCAUGUUCGACGCCACUUUCAUCCCCGGCGGUCCGCACGUCGCCGCGCUCCGGAAGAUCGGGCAGCUGCGCUACUGGAUCGCGGAGUCUUUCGGACAUUUGAAGGCUAUUGCGGGGACGGGUGAGGCAGCGGAGUUUAUUAAGGAGGCGUUGGGCAGUGGGCUUGAUAUCAAGGUUGCGGAUAAGGCCCAUCCGCAUCCGGUCGAGUGGUAUGGCGUUGUGACGGCGGGUGGGGUGCAGAAGCCCGAGAGCUUAAAGGGCACGGUGCAGAUUGUAAAGGAUGCGAGGGAUUUUGUUGGGAUGUUCUUUUAUCAGGUUUCAAAUCAUAGGAAUUGGAAGAGGGAGUUGGAUGGGUACGUAAUACUCGGCUCUCUCUCUCUCUCUCUACCCACAACAUGA